AAAAUUUUUAAAAUCAAAAAAAGAUUUAUUACUUUUGAAAAAUGUCUGCAUCAGCAUGGCUAUACUUAUUGACGAUAAUAACUAACUCUAUAAAUUUGUUUAUACAAGUUUUUUUCACUAUUAUGUAUUCAGACCUUGAAUGUGAUUAUAUUAAUCCAAUUGAUCUAUGUAAUAAGCUUAAUAUGUACAUUUUACCAGAGGCAAUUAUUCACGCUUUUUCAACAUUAUUAUUUCUUUUUUCUAGACAUUGGCUUCCCUUUAUGUUAAAUCUUCCUUUACUUGCAUAUAACAUUAAUAAAAUCGUAACGAAUCAAUAUACUUUAGAUGCUACAGAAAUUUUUAGGACUCUUGGAAGGCAUAAAAAAGAAAGUUUUAUUAAACUUGCUAUAUAUUUGUUAUUUUUCUUUUUUUAUCUUUAUUCAAUGAUUUCUACACUUAUUUUGAAUAGUCCUUAAAAACAUAAAGAUCAAAAUGUGUAUAAUAUUUGAUGAAUAUUAUUAA